AUGAAUCGAGCCACACGAAGUCGAAAACCAGAUCAACUCCCGUCACAACCGCAACGAUAUGAUUACAAUACCAUUAAUGAUCUGGGUGCAACCCAUAUGACAAAUGGUGGAACCAAUGUUGCAUCCAUAACAACCAAUCUAUCGACAAAUCCGAAUGUUGAAAUUCAUGAAGAAGUUUUCGAGAACAAUGCGAGAAAACUAGGUCCCUUAAAAAUUAGAUAUGAUUCGAAAAAACUUUUGAAUUUUAAGAGAUUAUUGGAGGUUAGAUCAGAAAAUGCUAUCAAAGACUCUGAGGCAUCUAUCCGAGAGUUUGAUCCGAACGGUGAUAGUGAUGCACUCCAAAUACCGGAGGUAGACGACGAUAUCCCAUACAGAGGAGUUGUUGUAGGCAAAAAGAAUUACAGCACUCAUCGAACAAUCCCUUCAUCAACUGAUCGUGAGUUCUUCAGGAGAUUAUUCCUAGAAUCAUCUACAGCUGCAUUUUACAAUGGUAAUGUUCUUUUAGGGAAUCAUGAUAUAAAUGAUAACGAUACCAGUCAACCACCGAAUAAGAAAUUAAAGAACGUGAAAGCUGUAAAAGAAAAUCCAAAGACAAUAGAAUAUGUAUACAUAAGAGAUUCAGAAGUCAAGACAUGGUACACAGCCCCAUAUCCCGAGGAAUUCAAUAAAAAUAAAAUACUUUACGUCUGUGAAUAUUGCCUGAAGUACAUGAAUUCACGUUUUGUAUAUUAUAGACACACACUGAAAUGCAAGGACCAUAGACCCCCAGGUAAUGAAAUUUACAGAGAUGAGAAUGUCUCCGUCUGGGAAAUAGAUGGCAGAGAAAACGUUGUCUACUGCCAAAAUUUAUGUCUACUAGCUAAAUUGUUCCUUAAUUCCAAGACUCUUUACUAUGAUGUAGAGCCAUUUGUGUUUUAUGUGUUGACUGAACGAGAAGUAUCUGAGGAUGGAAGAACAGUGAAAAAUCACUUCGUUGGCUAUUUUAGCAAAGAAAAACUAAACUCAUCUGGGUACAAUUUAAGUUGUAUUAUUACUUUACCUCUCUAUCAGAGACGUGGAUAUGGCCAUUUCUUGAUGGAUUUUUCAUAUUUACUCUCUAAAAGAGAAUUUUCACAGGGCACUCCUGAGAAACCGUUAUCUGAUCUAGGCCUUAUUACUUAUAGAAAUUUCUGGAAGUUAAAAUGUGCUGAAACACUUCUUUAUUUGAAGAAUGAACUUAAUUUGGAAGAUAGUGAGAGUGAUGAUAAAUUUCCUCUGGUCUCUAUAGAGGAUCUAGCAAAUCUAACCGGAAUGCUUCCAACUGAUGUUAUACUUGGCCUUGAAGAGUUAGGCGUAUUUUACAGGUGUCCGGAUCCUAAUCAAAAUACCACAUCGUACUGUAUUAAAAUCGAUUCUUGGAAUAGAAUCAAGGCCAUUCGUGAAAACUGGCUAAGAAAGGGCUAUCAGUCAUUAAAACCAGAAAACUUAAUUUGGAAGCCACUAAUAUAUGGCCCAUCAGGUGGUGUAAAUGCGUUAGGAAUGGUAGAACCCCCCAGUUUGCCAGAAGAUCGUAAAACAAGUAUAUCCAGUGAGCCGAAUUUCCAGAACAAUCCAGUUGACUUCUUUGGUAGCCAUAUAACCAUGGUGAAGAAGUUUAUGACUGAUGAUAUCGAAGAUCCAAGGGACUUAGAAAUUCUGACAAUAGACAAUAUUAAGAAGAGAAAACUAUCUGUUGGCAAAAACAACAUGUUGCAACAGAGUUGGGAGAUUGCAUAUCAAGAUCCAAGGCCUGUUGAUAAAAAGGAUACUACUGCACGUAAAGCUCCCUCUCUUCUUUCUUCAAAAACUACUCGAAAGGAAUCCUUGAUGUCUGCUGAGACCGAAGAUGUACUCCCUUAUGAAAACCAAGAAAUGGAUGAUACUUCAGUAGUAUUAGAAACUGAAGAAAGCGACCCUGACGACAAUGAUUACGAUGAGGAGGAUAUUAACGAGAAAGUCAUAUCUUCUGAUUCAUCAUCUUUAGUGGUGUCUUCUGAGGAGGAAAAUACAGAUGAGACAAUACCAGUCAGAAGAUUUCCGCGAAGGCAUGCUUCUGGGUUAGAUGAUGCAUUGGAUGACGAUAGAGACGAAUUGAUAGAUCUUACUACCUCAAGACAGAAAAGACAACUGAGGAGGAUGUGA